AUGGAAAACAUGGAUAUACUUCUGCAACAUCCCUUCAACCUGGCGGAAAACAAAAAUGAGAAAUCAGACACCAACAAAGCUUGGGCAGAACGCUAUAAAACAAUCACCGACGGCCAACUUAACAUUCAUACUACACCUCUCCCCGACGGCACGAUUGAUCCCGAUUGUUGGUCAGCAUUUGUGCCUGAAGAUCGUGAUGAUGUAUGGAGACGUGGGGAGCAGUCUGUUCAUCCAAAUGCGAGAAGCAAAUGGGUUCUGGCGAAUGAAGAUGACGUGACAACAUGGUUUCAAGUAGAAAUUGUAGCACCUGUCUUUUCCAAAUUUCGGCGUUUUGGAUCCGUUCAUCAUCUCGGCAAAAGUCCUCCUGACCGUGGUGGGGUUAUUGUUGAUUCGAGAAUUCGCUGGGGGACUCGUACCAUCGCUAUUGGCGAGUUCAAGAGAAACAUCUUUAAACCUAAAACGUGGAUUGGCAAAAGGCUUUAUAAGGACAAGGAGCAGCAGCGACUCAGUCGAGAGAUCCGAGGGCAAGAAAUAUUCUUCGUCGUAUGCACAGUCUGCUAA